GUCAAUGCGUGCGUAAACUUAGAGCCCAUGCACGCCAGUUAGGAACUCCAUUUUCAGAUGUACACUAGUUAAAAGAUGAGAGGACCGAGAAGAGCACUCUUGCCUUCGAAUUUGAGUAUAUAUGAGCCCUCGCAGGUCUCAAAGAAGUACGCAAUAAUCGUUUUCGGAGGCGAAGAGUUGCGCCAAGUUCGCUACUUCUCUCACAAUCGAGUCUUCCAAUUCUGUCUUAGCCAAGUUGUGACAAAGUGGUACGAAUGGAAACCAUGAUGAUUUUCUACGCCCUUAUCCUGCUGCUGUGGAGUGUGCCACUACACGCUGCCGGUGGGUUCACGAAACAUGACAAAGAUCUGGUCGCCUUCGCUCUGAACUUGGAGUACUUGGAAGCGGAGUUUUUCCUGCAUGGAGCCUUGGGAUAUGGAUUGGACAAGAAAGCUCCAUACCUCGCUGCAGGUGGGCCGCCUCCUCUAGGUGCCGAGAAAGCAAAGUUGGACCCGCUUGUCUACGACCUUGUUGGUCAGAUGGGUCUCCAAGAAGUCGGACACAUCAGGGCAAUCAAGGAAAGCAUCGGGCAUGUGGCAUUUCCACGCCCCAGACUUGACAUCAGCAAGAAAACAUGGGCGAAAACUAUGGAUCAUGCUUUCAACAAAACUCUGAGCCCGCCAUUCGACGCUUAUGCCAACAGCAUCAACUACAUGCUCGCUUCGUACGCUAUCCCUUACGUUGGUCUUACAGGAUACACAGGUGCUGCUCCACUCUUGAUCGGAAGUGGGGCCAAGUCGCUCGUAGCUCGUCUGUUGGGAGUGGAAUCUGGUCAGGAUGCCAUAAUCCGGACUUGGCUGUACGAGAGGAAGUCCGAGAAAGUGAAGCCCUAUGAUUUCACCGUGGCGGAAGCCACUGUGGAGAUUUCCAAGCUUCGCAACCAUCUGGACCAUCAUGGUCUAAUGGUGGUGAAAGGCAAAAAAUUGCCCUUCGAAGUCGAUGACGAGGGUCUUGUUGUGCCCAAAGAGCUUGGAGCUGAGAAGGAGACAUCGGGGAAUGUUUUGUCCGCUGAUAAGAACUCAAUUUCAUACCAACGCACACCAGAGCAGAUAUUGUCUGUAGUCUACAGCUCUGGCAACCCGAAGGUGUCUGGAGGAUUUUACCCUGAUGGAGCGCGAGGAGAGAUAGCUGAGAGGUAUCAUAAAUACCGAGCUAAGCACUGACUUGCCGCUUUGAGUUGUAUCGGAACCUUGAGUUCGGAUACAAGAGAGUGCGUGCCAAUCUCUAGGUCUUUAAAGUACAUGAGCUUGUACUUUCAUGUGCAGAGGAAUAUUGCAUUGCAGUCAAAUCACUUUGUGAAUCAUCAACCCAGCAUUCCUUACCGGAGCUCCCAUUUAAAAUUGUCUGAAUCAAAUUGAUCGUGUUUUUGAAAUGAGAUAUUUCGUUCAAAUAGUAAUGAUCUGCGCAAAUGAUGUCAGAAACUUCGAUGGAUGUCGGCGGUUUGAUACUUUCCCACGAAGUCAGUAGUGCAUAAACAUCGAUAUAAUGGCAUAAUUGAGCUCAUGACGUCCCUUGUUUCUAAAGCUCGAGAAACUCUCUGCCUGCUCUGUAAGGCAUGAACCAUUAAAUACUCUCUGCUCUCUUAUCACCAUGUCUCAAGAAUGAUGCGUCUUGAACUGAGUGUUGUUAAUUUAGAAAAAAUGGCAUAAUUGCAACACCAAUGCAACUGCGGAGCGAUCCCUCCAUGAACACCGAAGUCACGACCGGACGAGCAAGAUCGGUCAUUUCCGCAGAGAAAUUGCUCAUGAGGGAGCUAUGAUACAAAUCUGC